AUUACUAAAAUGACCCCAUGCAAACUCCCACACAUGCGUGCGUAACAUACAACAAAUUAUUAAAGAAACACACCUGCAAACCAACCAAAUCAAACUAAACCUAAAACCAAACAAGCAAACCAAGCCCUGCCAGGGCUGUGCCCCCAGCCUCCCCGCCCGCCCUGGGAGCUCAGGGUGGCCUCCCAGCCCUAGAGAGACGGCGCUGCUGUCCCUGGGGAGCACGUUCAGUGCUUCAUUCAGCCCACCCCGCUCUGCUCCAGAGGGUCCUCUGGUCGCCUUUGCCAAGGCACUCAUCUGUCCUUGACCCUCUGUAAAUUGGGUGCUGCAGCACCCUGUGCCAUCACGGGGCAGUGUCAGUGGUCGAGGGGCUACUUCGAGGGUCAGCCGAUCUGGCACUGCACCUUCACUUUCCAUGAUUUCAGAGGUGCCUCCAGGGUAUCCCUGAGGGCUCCCCGCUGCCCGCCUCCUCCCCAGCCCUUGAGCCACUGGAGGGGCUGGGCUGGAGACUCCCCACGGGAAACACCGACUCAAUACAAACCACAGCAGAUAAACAACUACUGGUGCAAUUGCAGCGGGACUUCUGCUUUCCUGGGGGCUUUAACAGUGAAGCGGAGCUGUGUGACGGCAGAGGGGAGAAGGACACCGAGACGCCCAGGGAGGCUGGAGCAGGGGCUGGAGUGGAACACCGUGGCUAAGAGCAGCUAUGGGGGAUGCCUUCAUCCGGCACAUCGAGCUGCUGGGCUACGAGAAAAGGUUUUUCCCCAGCCAGCACUAUGUCUACAUGUUCCUGGUGAAGUGGAAUGACCUCUCCGAAAAGGUCAUCUACCGUCGGUUUACUGAGAUAUACGAGUUCCACAAAGCGCUGAAGGAGAUGUUCCCCAUCGAAUCCGGGGACAUCAACAUCGAGAACCGGAUCAUCCCACACUUGCCAGCCCCAAAGUGGUUUGAUGGGCAGCGCUCGACCCAGAACAGGCAGGGCACGCUGGCCGAGUACUGCUACACGCUGGUCAACCUGCCCCACAAGAUCUCCCGGUGCCUGCAUGUGGUCAACUUCUUCAAGGUCCGUCACGACGACAUGAACCCCGUCACAGACAGCCAGAUCAAGAAGCCUGAGGUCUUCCUCCUGCCAAAGGAUGCCAAGAAAAACCCCAGUGACAUUACGGGGCCCAUUGUGCUGCAGACGUACCGAGCCAUCGCCGACUACGAGAAGAGCUCCACGUCCGAGAUGGCUCUAAAAGCCGGGGACAUGGUGGACGUCGUGGAGAAGAGUGAAAGCGGCUGGUGGUUCUGCCAGUUGAAGAAUAAGCGGGGCUGGGUGCCAGCUGCCUAUCUGGAGCCAAUGGAUGGUCCUGACGAGUCAGAAGAGCAGGAGCCCAACUAUGCAGGUGAGCAAUACAUUGUCCAGAAGAGCUACACAGCCAUGGAGGAGGAUGAGCUGACCCUCAAGGAGGGUGAUACUGUUGAAGUCAUCCACAAGCUCCUUGAUGGCUGGUGGGUCAUCAGGAAGGAUGAAACCACAGGUUAUUACCCCUCCAUGUACCUGCAGAAAGACGGGGAGGUGAACACCUCUGUGAAGAGUGAGCUGAGAAACUGGAGCGCUCCUCCGCGGAGAUCCACCAUCCGAAAUGCAAAGAGCAUCCACAAGCAGGGCCGGAAGCAGAUCAGCCAGGAGACCUACAGGAGGAACAGCAGAAAGUACAUUCAGAGCCGGAAGAAGAUGAAGGAAAACUUCCAGAAGGUGGCCAAUGUCAUCAUUGAGAAAAACGAGCAAGAGGAGAACAAGCCCAAGGCUCAACCUGCUGUUCCUCCCCGUCCCAGCAAAGACCUCAUCCUGAACCGCUGUACCGAGAGCACCCGGAGAAAGAUCCUGUGAGCCCUCAGCCCUCCACACCAGCCAGCCAAUGCUUUAUCUCCUCCAGCUCCUGCGCAGUGGAGCUCAGAGCCAUAUCCAGGUGGCUCUGCCAGCUGCCGCAGGCCCUAGGGUGCUGCUGGAUCAAUGCAGCCCAGCACCCACCAUCCAGAGAGCCCAAGAUGUCCCGAGGAGGGACCCAGUCCCCCUCCACUGGCCCCUGGGGGACUGAGGCUUUCACAACCACUGGAGACUUCUUGAAACUAAACCCUCUUUUACCCCCUAUUUGUAUUUUUAAUGAUUUUGUGGUUUUCACCAGUAAAGGAGAGACACUUGAGAGACAUAUUUCAAUGUCCACCUGGACAGCUGGUCAGUGCAGACACCGAGGAGCGGCAUGGUUGCAGGAAAGGCGUUUCUUUCUGGUGGGGGAUUGGGCAAGGGUCUCUUGUGAAAGAUGCUGGCAGGGAGGAAAUAAGGGUUUGAGGGUGAAAG